CCAUCUUCAACACUCACAUUCACUUGCUGCAGUUUGCAGCAACCAUCCCCCGCCGCUCUCCUCCCCCGGGUUGCCCCCCAUCUCACGCCCCGGUUGCCCCGACCCCGCUUUCCCUCGCCGCAGCGAUCAUGAACACGCACACGCGCGUGCUGCAGUUUGCAGCGGUGGAGGCGGUGGUGCUGAUCCUGGCGUCCGCCCUGCAGGUGCUCUUCCUGCGCCGCAUGUUUGACAACAGCGCCAAGCGCGGCUCUGGCCUCACUGGCCUUGUCAACCGCCGCAAGAUGUAG